CCGUAACCUCGUACAAUGUCGACACUAAACGGAGAUACCCCUGGCUCGCCCGUUGACCAGAGUCGCGCCCGCAGCCAGGACGCCCAGGAAAGCGUUUACGAGAGGAUCAGGGAGUUUGUUCGCUCACUAGGCCUCUCAGCAAGCGAUGGCCUGAUCCUGCAUGCAGGCAACAAUACGCAUGAGGAUCUCAAGGACGUGGUGAACCCUCCUGACCACGAAUGCUCGUCAAACUGCACAUCAGAUUCCCACGGGUCGCUGACGCCGACACUCUCGAUCCGGUCGUGUCCUGAGCGCCUACAGCCCUUGGUUCCGCCUGCCAACUACGGUGCUGUUCUCCCUGGGUGCAUCUACCGCAGCAGUUACCCUGAAGAGAAGAACUAUGGCUUCAUCAAAGAUGUCGGCAUCAAGACCAUCUUGACCCUCGUCCCUGAGCCCCUUACGCCCGAGUUCCAGGCGUUUAUGAAAGACGCUGGCAUACAGCACUUUCAUGCUCAUAUCCGAGCAAACAAGGGUGAGGUUCGCGUCGAGUCGUGCGAAAUGGCACGAGCGCUGCGUCUCAUCAUGGAUCGCUCGAACCACCCCAUCCUUGUCCACUGUAAUAAGGGCAAGCAUAGGACUGGAUGCACGAUUGCAUGCUUCCGACGAAUCCUAGGACUCGACCCCGAAUCCAUCCGAGAGGAAUAUCACACGUAUGCCGGUGUCAAGGCACGCUUUCUCGACGAGAUAUUCUUUGAGAACUUUGACAUCAACCUUGUCAUGUGGAUAGCACGACAAGAAGGCUGGGUUGCACCUGAGAUGGACAUUGCACCACCUACGCCUCCGCCGUCGAUUGCAUCGAGUUGCGACGACAAGGCCAUUGCACUCGCAUAAAGAGCUGCACACAAACAUGUCCUGUAAUACAUCAUCACCACUCGCAUCUUCUGGCGUUCAUGGGGGGGG